AUGAAGUCCAGUGUUUACUCGGUACUUACUACUAAAGUUCAAACUACAUUUCUACAACGUUUAGUUAACGGUUUUGAUAUUGUCAAAGCAUCAGUUCUAAAGGGUAGAAACACGAGCAUAAAGAAUCCAAAUAAAACUAACCAUCCUUCUCAAUAUCCUUCACAAUUUGUUAGAGAAGAGAAUACAUUAAUUCAAACAAUAGCUGAAGCAGAAAAGUUAGUUCAGCAUCGUGAUGGAUCGUAUUUUGAUCCUGGUAAAGAUUUGGUAGAUUUAACUAAAAACAUUCAGAAACUUUUAGGUAGUAGACAUCCUUUUUUGAACACUGUUAGUAAAUAUUAUUUCAAAUCAGAAGGAAAACGUAUAAGACCAUUGCUUGUGCUUUUGAUGUCACAAGCAACAAGCAUUGCAGCAAAACAAUAUAACACAAGUACGGCAGAUUUUUAUCAGAUAAUAGAUAAACCCUUAACGACACAUAAUGAUAUAUUAUCAUGUAAUAAUAAGGACACUAUUUAUUUUCCAUCAUUUUCAUCGUCAGGGACGAUCAUCCUUCCCACACAACGGCGUUUAGCAGAAAUCACAGAAAUGAUACACACAGCAUCUUUACUUCAUGAUGAUGUUAUUGAUAAUUCACAGAUACGUCGUAAUGAUAUUUCAGCAAAUUCUAAUUUUGGGAAUAAAAUGGCAAUUCUUGCGGGAGAUUUUUUACUUGCACGAGCAUCUAUUGCUUUAGCACGUUUAAGAAAUCCAGAGGUAAUCGAGUUGAUAGCCACAGUUAUUGCUAACCUUGUUGAAGGUGAAUUUAUGCAGCUUAAAAAUGUUCAAGAUGGCACUAUGUCAGUAUUUGAAUAUUACAUGGAAAAAACAUAUAUGAAGACGGCGAGUUUAAUGGCCAAAAGUUGUCAGGCAGCAUCAGUAUUAGGAGGGGCUACAUUAGAAGUUUGUGAUAUUGCUUAUACGUAUGGUCGUAAUCUAGGAUUAGCUUUUCAGUUGAUAGAUGAUAUGUUGGAUUUUUUAACUACAUCUGACGAAUUAGGAAAACCGAUAGGUGCAGAUUUAAAAUUGGGUUUAGCCACAGCACCAGUAUUAUAUGCAUGGGAGGAAUAUCCAGAGUUGGGGCCAUUAAUCGGACGCAAUUUUUCUCAAGGUGGUGAUGUUGAAAAGGCACGACAGUUGGUUUACAAGAGUAAUGGAAUUGAACAAACAAAACUUUUAGCAACAUCACAUUGUCAAAAAGCUAUCGAUGCUAUAUCACGAUUACCAAAGUCAGAUGCACGAAAUGCACUAGUUGAACUUACACAAAAG